AUUUUGUAUUCAUUUCCUCUAGCCCGAGAAUGGCAGCAGUUACAGUCGAAAAAAUUUGCGGAGAAACGCAAGUUUGGGUUUGUCGAAGCUCAGAAGGAAGAGAUGCCUCCAGAACAUGUGCGGAAAAUAGUCCGUGACCAUGGUGAUAUGACCAAUCGAAAAUUUCGGCACGACAAGAGGGUUUACUUGGGGGCAUUAAAGUACAUGCCCCAUGCUGUGCUGAAGCUAUUAGAAAACAUGCCAAUGCCGUGGGAACAAAUUCGUGAUGUGAAAGUGCUUUAUCACAUCACUGGUGCAAUUACAUUUGUUAAUGAAAUACCAUGGGUCAUAGAACCGGUAUACAUUGCCCAAUGGGGAAGCAUGUGGAUUAUGAUGCGCCGGGAGAAGAGGGAUCGUCGCCAUUUCAAGCGCAUGCGCUUUCCUCCAUUUGAUGACGAAGAGCCCCCUUUGGAUUACGCAGAUAACGUUUUGGACGUUGAACCUUUGGAACCCAUCCAGUUGGAAAUGGAUCCAGAGGAAGAUGGUGCAAUAGCUGAGUGGUUCUACGACAGAAAUCCUCUCGUGGAUUCCAAACAGGUCAAUGGGAUCACUUAUCGGCGUUGGAACCUCCCACUCGAUAUCAUGUCCAACUUAUAUCGUCUAGCGAACUCGCUUUUGACAGAUCUGGUGGAUGACAACUACUUUUACUUGUUUGACUUGAAGUCAUUCUUCACCGCCAAAGCUCUUAACGUCGCUCUUCCUGGAGGCCCAAAGUUUGAACCACUGGUCAAAGACAAAAAUUUGGAGGACGAAGACUGGAAUGAAUUCAAUGAUAUCAACAAAAUAAUCAUCCGUCAGCCAAUCCGCACUGAAUAUCGGAUUGCCUUUCCUUACCUGUACAACAGCUAUCCCUUUCAGGUUCACCUUUCAUGGUACCAUACUCCUAAUGUAUUAUUCAUUAAAACUGAAGACCCAGAUUUACCAGCCUUUUAUUUUGACCCGUUGAUCAAUCCGAUUUCCCAGCGCCAGGGUGUGAAGGCGCCCGAGGUUCUUCCAGCUGACGAUGAGGAGUUUGAACUACCGGAAGAUAUGCGACCUUUCUUGAACGAAACACCUCUUUAUUCUGAUAACACAGCUAAUGGUAUCGCCCUGCUUUGGGCCCCAAGACCAUUCUGCCUACGGUCUGGUUCCACUCGCCGGGCGAUUGAUGUUCCCCUGGUCCAGUCGUGGUACCGGGAACACUGUCCUGCAGUAAUGCCAGUCAAGGUUCGCGUCUCUUAUCAAAAGCUUUUGAAAUACUAUGUCUUGAACGCUUUGCAUCAUCGACGUCCAAAGCCACAGAAGAAACGCUAUUUGUUCCGAUCGUUCAAAGCUACGAAGUUUUUCCAAAUCACCAGUUUAGAUUGGGUAGAGGUUGGUCUGCAGGUUUGUAGACAAGGGUACAACAUGCUGAACCUACUGAUUCACCGCAAAAAUUUGAAUUAUCUACAUUUGGACUACAACUUCAACCUGAAACCAGUGAAAACGCUCACGACGAAGGAACGCAAAAAGUCACGAUUCGGUAAUGCUUUCCAUCUAUGCAGAGAAAUUUUGCGUCUCACGAAGCUCAUCGUGGAUAGCCAUGUCCAGUACCGUCUCGGUAAUGUGGAUGCCUUCCAGCUCGCUGAUGGUUUGCAGUAUAUCUUCGCGCACGUCGGUCAACUGACCGGUAUGUACCGUUACAAGUAUAAGUUGAUGCGUCAGAUUCGGAUGUGCAAGGACUUGAAGCAUGUGAUUUACUAUCGGUUCAACACUGGUCCUGUUGGUAAGGGUCCUGGUGUAGGCUUCUGGGCUCCUGGUUGGCGAGUAUGGAUGUUUUUCAUGCGUGGCAUCACGCCACUUCUGGAGCGGUGGCUUGGCAAUCUUUUGUCACGUCAGUUCGAGGGUCGACACUCAAAGGGUGUUGCCAAGACGGUUACGAAGCAACGCGUGGAGUCGCACUACGAUUUGGAGCUCAGGGCGGCAGUGAUGCACGACAUCCUGGAUAUGAUGCCCGAGGGUAUCAAGCAGAACAAGGCACGAACUAUCUUGCAGCAUUUGAGUGAGGCGUGGCGAUGUUGGAAGGCUAAUAUUCCUUGGAAGGUUCCGAACAUGCCUAUCCCUAUUGAGAACAUGAUUUUGCGAUACGUUAAGGCAAAGGCUGACUGGUGGACAAACACGGCCCACUAUAACCGAGAACGAAUUCGACGUGGCGCCACCGUGGAUAAGACUGUGUGCAAAAAAAACUUGGGUCGAUUGACCCGGCUGUAUUUGAAGGCCGAACAAGAGCGCCAACAUAAUUAUUUGAAGGAUGGUCCCUACGUGACAGCCGAAGAGGCGGUCGCCAUCUACACCACAACGGUUCAUUGGUUAGAAAGUCGUCGGUUCUCUCCAAUACCAUUCCCACCCUUGAGUUACAAGCACGAUACAAAGCUGCUCAUUCUGGCUCUGGAACGCCUGCGAGAAUCUUAUAGUGUGAAAAAUCGUCUGAACCAGUCGCAGCGUGAAGAAUUGGGUCUUAUUGAACAAGCAUAUGAUAACCCACACGAAGCUUUGAGUCGUAUCAAGCGUCAUUUACUCACUCAGCGUGCUUUUAAGGAAGUUGGAAUUGAGUUCAUGGAUCUGUAUAGCCACCUAAUUCCUGUUUAUGACGUUGAACCCCUUGAGAAGAUCACUGAUGCUUACCUGGACCAGUACCUGUGGUACGAAGCUGACAAACGCCGACUAUUUCCCCCCUGGAUCAAACCUGCCGACCUCGAACCACCACCUCUGCUGGUAUAUAAAUGGUGUCAGGGCCUGAACAACCUCAAGGAUGUGUGGGAAACAGGCGAAGGCGAAUGUAAUGUCCUGUUGGAAACCAAAUUUGAGAAGGUCUACGAGAAGAUUGAUCUCACUCUGCUGAAUCGACUUCUAAGGCUAAUUGUUGAUCACAACAUCGCCGACUACAUGACAGCGAAAAACAACGUUGUGAUCAAUUACAAGGAUAUGAACCACACGAAUAGCUAUGGGAUUAUUCGUGGUCUUCAGUUUGCUUCUUUCAUCACUCAGUACUAUGGUCUCGUGUUGGAUCUCCUUGUACUGGGAUUGGAACGUGCAGCUGAAAUGUGUGGUCCACCGCAGAUGCCGAAUGAUUUCCUCCAAUACCAGGAUACGGUGACGGAAAUCGCCCAUCCCAUUCGGCUGUAUUGCCGCUACAUCGACCGCUUCUGGAUGUUCUUCCGGUUCACCGCGGACGAAGCCCGAGAUCUGAUCCAACGCUAUCUUACUGAGCACCCCGAUCCAAACAACGAAAACAUUGUUGGAUAUAACAAUAAAAAGUGCUGGCCCCGUGACAGCCGAAUGCGGUUGAUGAAGCACGAUGUCAACUUAGGUCGAGCUGUUUUCUGGGAUAUCAAGAAUCGCCUACCCCGAUCGAUUACGACGAUUGAUUGGGAUAGCAGCUUCGUUUCAGUCUAUAGCAAGGACAAUCCAAAUCUCCUGUUUUCCAUGUCAGGUUUUGAGUGCCGUAUUCUACCCGCUUGCCGUGCUCCCAACCAAGCUGCUGAUGCUAACCUUCCGAGUGGCGUCACAAAAGAGCGCACUGCACAGUGUUUCUUGCGUGUGGAUGAGGAAUCUAUGCAGCGUUUCCACAACCGGGUUCGUCAGAUCCUUAUGGCCUCAGGAUCUACCACAUUCACCAAGAUUGUUAACAAGUGGAACACUGCCCUUAUUGGACUCAUGACUUACUAUCGAGAGGCUGCCGUCAGCACUGUCGCACUGUUGGACUUGCUCGUGAAAUGUGAGAACAAAAUUCAAACUCGCAUAAAAAUUGGACUGAACUCCAAGAUGCCUGCACGUUUCCCGCCUGUUGUAUUCUAUACUCCGAAGGAACUUGGUGGACUCGGCAUGUUGAGUAUGGGGCAUGUUCUCAUCCCUCAGUCCGAUCUCCGCUGGUCUAAACAAACCGAUGUGGGGAUCACACACUUCCGUUCAGGCAUGAGUCACGAAGAAGAUCAAGUUAUUCCGAACCUGUUCUCCUACAUUCUCACUUGGGAAACUGAGUUUCGAGACUCGCAAAGCGUGUGGGCGGAACGAUUGACGUUGGAAGACCUCGAGGAUAGUUGGGAUCGUGGGAUUCCACGUAUCAAUACGCUGUUUCAAAAAGACCGUCACACCCUGGCCUAUGACAAAGGUUGGCGUGUACGCACCGAGUUCAAGCAAUACCAAGUUCUCAAGCAGAACCCAUUUUGGUGGACCCAUCAGCGUCACGAUGGCAAGCUGUGGAACCUGAACAACUACCGUACCGAUAUGAUACAAGCUCUCGGGGGUGUCGAAGGCAUUUUGGAACAUACGCUGUUCAAGGGAACUUAUUUCCCUACCUGGGAAGGUCUGUUUUGGGAGAAAGCCAGCGGUUUUGAGGAAUCGAUGAAGUACAAAAAAUUGACCAACGCCCAGCGUUCUGGUUUGAACCAGAUUCCCAACCGCCGUUUCACGUUGUGGUGGUCACCGACCAUCAAUCGAGCCAACGUGUACGUUGGUUUCCAAGUACAACUCGACUUGACUGGGAUUUUUAUGCACGGGAAGAUCCCCACUCUCAAAAUCUCGCUAAUUCAAAUUUUCCGGGCUCAUCUGUGGCAAAAGAUUCAUGAGUCUGUUGUGAUGGAUAUUUGCCAAGUUUUUGAUCAAGAACUGGAUGCCUUAGAAAUUGAAACAGUACAGAAGGAGACCAUUCACCCCAGAAAGUCAUACAAAAUGAACUCCAGCUGCGCCGAUAUUCUUUUGUUCGCGUCUUACAAGUGGCCCGUAUCACGACCUAGUCUAUUAGCCGACUCAAAAGAUCUCAUGGAUGGCACAACAACGCAGAAGUUCUGGAUCGACAUCCAACUCCGUUGGGGUGACUACGAUUCACACGAUAUUGAACGCUACGCUCGAGCCAAGUUUUUGGACUAUACGACCGACAACAUGUCCAUCUAUCCAUCCCCAACCGGUGUCAUGAUUGCCAUUGAUUUGGCUUAUAAUCUUCACAGUGCCUACGGAAAUUGGUUCCCCGGGUGUAAACCUCUAAUUCAGCAAGCCAUGGUGAAAAUCAUGAAGGCCAACCCGGCACUCUACGUAUUACGAGAGCGUAUACGUAAAGCGCUGCAGCUGUAUUCGAGUGAACCGACUGAGCCAUAUUUGAGUUCUCAGAAUUACAAUGAGUUGUUCUCCAAUCAAAUAAUCUGGUUUGUUGAUGACACGAACGUGUAUCGCGUAACCAUACAUAAAACCUUUGAAGGUAACCUGACAACAAAACCCAUCAAUGGAGCCAUCUUUAUCUUCAAUCCUCGGACAGGACAGCUGUUCUUGAAGAUCAUUCACACAUCCGUUUGGGCUGGACAAAAGCGUUUGGGUCAGCUGGCCAAAUGGAAGACAGCUGAAGAAGUCGCCGCCCUGAUUCGCUCGUUGCCAGUCGAAGAGCAACCGAAGCAAAUCAUCGUCACUCGCAAAGGCAUGUUGGAUCCCUUGGAAGUCCAUCUUCUGGAUUUCCCUAAUAUUGUCAUCAAAGGCUCAGAACUUCAGUUGCCUUUUCAGGCCUGCUUAAAGGUCGAAAAGUUUGGUGACCUGAUUCUUAAGGCCUCUGAACCUCAAAUGGUCCUAUUCAACUUGUAUGACGAUUGGCUGAAAAGCAUCAGCUCUUAUACGGCAUUUUCGCGGCUCAUUUUGAUUCUUCGGGCCUUACAUGUGAACAACGAUAAAGCCAAGAUUGUUCUCAAGCCAGAUAAGACCACUGUCACUGAACCCCAUCACAUUUGGCCGACGCUGAGUCCGGACGACUGGAUCAAGGUUGAGUAUCAGUUGAAAGAUCUCAUUCUUACUGAUUAUGGCAAAAAGAAUAACGUCAAUGUGGCUUCGUUAACUCAGUCGGAAAUCCGCGAUAUUAUUUUGGGUAUGGAAAUCUCCGCACCAUCUCAACAACGUCAGCAAAUAGCUGAAAUUGAGAAACAGGCUAAGGAACAGUCUCAACUCACCGCGACUACAACCCGUACGGUGAACAAACAUGGCGACGAGAUCAUCUCAACGACCACGUCGAAUUAUGAAACACUGCACUUCAGCAGCAAAACCGAAUGGCGCAUUCGUGCAAUUUCAGCCACGAAUUUAUACCUGCGUACGAACAACAUUUACGUUAGUUCGGACGAUAUCAAGGAGAAUGGCUAUACUUACAUUCUUCCUAAGAAUAUCUUGAAGAAGUUUAUAACGAUUUCGGAUCUUCGAACUCAAAUCUCCGGUUACUUGUACGGCGUGUCCCCAGCAGACAAUUCACAGAUCAAAGAAAUUAGGUGUAUCGUGAUGCCUCCACAAUGGGGCACGCACCAGACGGUUCAUCUGCCUAAUGGUCUCCCUCAGGAUGAAUACCUUCGUGAAAUGGAGCCUUUGGGAUGGAUUCAUACCCAACCUAAUGAGUUGCCACAGCUCUCGCCUCAGGAUAUCACCACGCAUGCAAAGAUAUUCUCAGAACAAGACGGUGAAAAAACUAUCGUCAUCACUUGCAGUUUCACUCCCGGUUCCGUCUCACUGUGCGCUUAUAAGCUCACCCCAGGUGGGUACGAGUGGGGUCGACAGAACACUGAUAAGGGUAAUAACCCCAAGGGUUAUUUGCCGAGUCACUACGAGCGUGUCCAAAUGCUACUGUCCGACAGGUUUCUCGGGUUCUUUAUGGUACCCCCACAGACUUCUUGGAACUAUAAUUUUAUGGGUGUUCGCCAUGACCCUAACAUGAAAUAUGAACUACAGCCGCUGAAGCCGAAGAAAUUCUAUCAUCGCAUCCAUCGGCCUUCCCAUUUCUUAAACUUUACUUCAAUCGAAGAAAGUGAACUGGCAUCUGCUGAUCGUGAUAAUCCUUUUGCCUGAUUUUUCACGUGUUUGGCACUAAUCUGUGUUCACCGUGUGCUCCUGUACAUUACACUUUUACCGAAAAUACAUACAUACAUUUUGC